AUGAAAAAUUCACCGUUCGUGGCUUGGAUACAAAACUACCCACUCCCGAAGGACCUAAAGUACCCUUCCCAUUUAGGAACAUACAAAGGAAAGAGUGACCCCGACGACUUCCUAGAAGCGUUUGAGGGGGCGACGGAGAUGAAGAUCUGGAACGUACCGACUGCAUGUAGAAUGUUCAGGUAUGCACUUGAAGGGGACGCCAGAGAAUGGCUGAAGAGCGUCACAAAAGGGUCCAUCGUCAGCUUCGAUGACCUUAAAGAGAAAUUUAGAGCCCGUUUCAGCCAGCAGAAAAAGCAUAAGAAGAUCCAUGUGGCCGCCCAUGGGAUAAAGCAAAAGGAAACAGAGGGUUGCAGAACAUUCAUGGAUCGAUUCACCACGGAGACGGAGGACAUUGUGGACCUUCUCGAGUCACAAAGGAUAUCCGGACUACUCCAUGGCCUUCGGAGUAGAGGGUUAGUUGAAUUCCUAUACAGGGACCUCCUAAAGACAUACGAAGCGGUUUUAAAAAGGGCCCACAUGUAUUUAGACGCCAGAGACACCGCUUUGAAAGGAGACACAAGUCCCACACAGGAGAAGGAAACUCCGGUAAAUAGGAAAGGGAAAUGGACAAGCGAAAGAGAAAAACCAAGGUAUACCCCAUACCAUAAGGAUGACAAAGGGUAUCUCAAGAUAAAUCUCCCGGAGCUACACAAUAGCCCGAAAGAAAUAUUACUCACCGAGCAUGUUGCAAAAACCUUCCCCAUUCCCCCCAGACUAAGUGGAAAAAAUAGGAAGGAUCAAGAAAAAUACUGCGAGUUCCACAGGGACCAUGGCCAUGACACGAACGCGUGUUGGCAACUUAGGAAAGCCAUCGAAGAAGCUAUUAACGAAGGGAAACUCUCGCACCUGGUAAAAAGCGUCAGGCAACAGCAGAAUAUGAAGAAAGAAGACGACACAGAGGAGAAGAAGAAAGGUCCUAAGAAAACAAUUUAUACAAUAACAAAAGUCAAACCGGGGUCAGAAUAUUCUCUCCCCAGGGUUUACAAGGGGAGCAUGGGGCGCAUCACCUUCCCACAAAUUUUUAAAACUUUCAGGGAUCCACUGGUAAUUUCCGCAGUCUUAGAAAUAUCCAAAGUAAAAAAUAUCAUUGUGGACACCGGAAGUGAGUGUAAUGUAUUAUAUGAAAAAGCUUUUUGGAAACUGCAUCAUGUGGCACGAAUGAACUUUAAAAGGACAGAAGCUUCGGUCCAAGGGUAUUCAGGAAGCGAAGCCAAACCAUUGGGAAAGCUAGAAGUAAAAAUGACGAUAGGGGAAGGACGCUGGGAACGAAAAAAGAGGAUUACUUUUCUGGUUGUAGACGGAGUAUCGCCUUUCGAAGCAAUCAUCGGAAGACCUGGGAUCCAAAAAUUUGAAAUGAUACCCUCCGUAGCACAUGGGAUGAUUAAGUAUGAAUCAAACGGGGGAAUAGGGACCUUGGUGACAAAGGAACACAAACUAUCCAGAGAAGGACAAGACGGUCCUCACUACCUCUCAUGGAGUGAAGGGCCUUACUACGGGCACCUGCACGGAUAA